AUGGAGAAUCAUGUGAAUGGAAGCAACGAAUCGGGAAUAUCAGUUUUGCCUUCCGAAGUUUACCGAAAUGUUUUGAAAGAAAUCAUCAAAAAACAACUCAAAUCAUCAGCUGACAAUUGUGAAAUAAUAAUCGAAGCUGCAUCGGCCAAGGGCGAUAAUUAUGUUGGGAUUUUGUAUCGUGCAGAAGUGACGAACUCUUCAGGAAAUAAAACAAAGAUCAUCAUCAAGAUUCCACCUCAAAAUGCAGCACGCCGUGAACAAUUCUCAGCAGGUCCAAUAUUUCUUCGUGAAAUCUUGUUCUACAACGAAUUAUAUCCUUUAUUCAAGAAGUUCCAGGAAGAUAAAGGAAUUGAUGUGAACAAAGAAGGUUUCUACCAGGUACCUGAAUGUCUUCGAACAAGCAACGAUGAUCAACAUGAAGCACUUUAUCUGGAAGAUUUGAAGGAAUCAGGUUUCGAUAUGUUUGAUCGAUUCAAAGAUGUGACACUCGAUCAUGUCAGUAGAGUCAUGGAAAGUCUCGGAAAGUUUCAUGCAAUUUCGUUUGCAAUAAAAGAUCAACAUCCUGAACUCAUCGAGAAAUACAAACCAAUGAAAGAAAUAUUCAAGGAAUUUGAAGAAGCUUCCAAAGGGAAGUGGGAUGGAUAUUUUGCUGAAGUCGUAAGAAAGGCAAUCGAAACGUUAGACGAUCACCCUAACGAGAAGUUGAAAGAUCAUGUUAGAAAUACAUUAAACGAUAAAUUUAUGGAUAUUUUUAUGGAUGAUGUUGAUGGUGCUUCUGCUGAACCUUACACUGUCAUCUGUCAUGGAGAUUGUUGGAAUAAUAACAUCAUGUAUCGAUAUGAGAGGUUCGUUUGUUAG